AUGUCUGAAGAAUCUGCUCAUGUAGAAGCAGAUAAAUGGAUUAAAAUGCCAGCGGCUAGUUUUGGACCGAUGUCGCAAAUUCCUCCUAACGGCGACUGUGGCAUUAAAGAUGUAUGGAAUCAUAAUCUACAUGAAGAAUUUCAGAUAAUUAGACAGGUUGUGCAGAAAUACCAUUGGGUGGCAAUGGACACUGAAUUCCCAGGAGUAGUGGCACGCCCAAUUGGGGAAUUCCGAUCCACGGCAGACUACCAGUAUCAGUUGCUCAGGUGUAAUGUCGAUCUAUUGAGGAUAAUACAACUUGGUCUCACAUUUAUGGAUGAGAAUGGAAAAACACCUCCAGGAUAUACAACUUGGCAGUUUAAUUUCAAGUUUAAUUUACAGGAAGAUAUGUAUGCACAAGAUUCGAUUGAUUUGCUUCAAAAUUCUGGUCUACAAUUUCGAAAACAUGAAGAAGACGGCAUUGAACCAUUGGAAUUUGCUGAAUUACUCAUGUCUUCAGGUCUUGUACUCAUGGACAAUAUUAAGUGGCUCAGUUUCCAUUCUGGCUACGAUUUCGGAUAUUUGCUUAAGCUAUUGACAGAUCAAAAUUUGCCGCAAGAUGAAAAUGACUUUUUUGAAAGCCUUCGCUUGUACUUCCCAACAGUGUAUGAUGUCAAGUAUUUGAUGAAAUUAUGCAAGAAUCUAAAAGGCGGGUUGCAAGAAGUGGCAGAUCAGCUGGAACUGCGACGUGUAGGACCACAGCAUCAAGCAGGAUCUGAUUCACAUCUUACUGGAAUGGCAUUCUUUAAGAUAAAAGAGAUAUUCUUCGAUGACAACAUCGAAAAUUCAAGCGGCCAUCUAUAUGGAUUGGGCGCUCCGUUCUCCGCGAAUGCCAACAGUUUCACAGACAAUGGCGAAAACGGAAACUCCUCCUGA